AGACCCAUCAGGGACGUACCACGGUGACUCUGAUUUGCAGCUCGAGAGAAUAAACGUGUAUUACAACGAAGCUACUGGCGGUAAAUAUGUACCAAGAGCUGUCCUGGUCGAUCUGGAACCAGGCACCAUGGACUCUGUUCGUUCUGGACCAUUCGGACAAAUCUUCAGACCUGAUAACUUCGUUUUUGGUCAAAGUGGAGCUGGCAAUAACUGGGCCAAGGGACAUUAUACAGAAGGUGCUGAGCUUGUUGACUCCGUACUCGAUGUCGUUCGAAAAGAAGCCGAGAGCUGCGACUGCGUACAAGGCUUUCAGCUCACACAUUCCCUUGGGGGAGGUACUGGGUCAGGAAUGGGCACACUUCUCAUCUCGAAGAUCCGCGAGGAGUACCCCGACAGAAUUAUGAACACAUUUAGCGUGGUCCCAUCCCCAAAGGUGUCGGACACAGUCGUCGAGCCGUACAACGCUACUUUAUCGGUACAUCAAUUGGUGGAGAAUACUGACGAAACCUACUGUAUUGAUAACGAGGCUCUAUAUGACAUCUGCUUUAGGACCCUCAAACUGACCACACCCACUUACGGAGACUUGAAUCACUUGGUGUCUGCUACUAUGAGUGGUGUAACAACCUGCUUGAGAUUCCCUGGCCAGCUCAACGCUGAUCUCCGAAAGUUAGCUGUCAACAUGGUACCAUUCCCACGUCUUCACUUCUUCAUGCCUGGCUUUGCUCCAUUGACCAGCCGUGGAUCCCAGCAGUACCGUGCCCUUACCGUCCCAGAACUGACACAACAGAUGUUUGAUGCCAAGAACAUGAUGGCUGCAUGUGAUCCAAGACAUGGUCUUUACCUGACGGUUGCUGCCAUGUUCCGUGGCCGCAUGUCCAUGAAGGAGGUUGACGAACAGAUGUUGAACGUACAGAACAAGAACAGCUCAUACUUUGUUGAAUGGAUCCCCAACAAUGUCAAGACUGCAGUCUGUGACAUCCCACCAAGAGGACUCAAGAUGUCAGGCACGUUUGUUGGCAACAGCACCGCCAUCCAAGAACUCUUCAAGAGAAUCAGCGAGCAGUUUACGGCUAUGUUCAGGAGAAAGGCUUUCCUUCAUUGGUAUACUGGUGAGGGUAUGGAUGAGAUGGAGUUCACUGAGGCUGAAUCCAACAUGAACGACUUGGUCUCAGAAUACCAACAAUACCAAGACGCUACAGCAGAAGAAGAAGGAGAAUUCGACGAGGAAGAGGAAGGAGAAGAAGAAGCAGCAUAAGUCUAAUAUUAAUUUUCCACACCGCGCGCACGCAGCAUUCAAAUGAACCAUUUUUAUUGAGUGA